CCGAACGAAAGGAAGGAGAGAGAGAGAGAGAGAGAGAAAAAAAAAGGACGGCUCCGCCCAAGGGUCGGAAGGGAGGGAGUUGCCGCGCCGCGGCCGGUUCGAUCCUUUGCGCGAGAUCGAGCUUCUCCGGUUGGUGUUGGGGCUGGCGACAUCUGGGAUCCGUCGUCUCUCCUCGUGUUCUUGAGCAGUUUUCCACUUGCCUGGCAAAAGAACAUUUGACUUGGAAGAGCAAACACUGGAAGCUUUGUGGUUUGUCCUAAGUGAUCCUAUCAAGUUCUCAUAGGCUGCAUACUGGUACAGCAUUUUCUCCUGUGUUUUGGGCCACAGAAGAGGGGGGAGCCAAGGAUUUUUCUAUCUCGUAAGCCGCGGCCUUGGUGCUCAUAGUUACCCUAGUCUGUAAGCUGGAGAUUGUAAAAAGCCAUAUCUGUUCCUCUAUCACUGUAUAUAGAGAUCUACAUAAUGGACGAGAGGAGGACUAUUUUGAUGGACCGUUACGAAAUCGGGAGGCAGUUAGGCCAAGGAAACUUCGCCAAGGUAUACUUUGCUCGGAACCUGACCGACGGGCAGUCCGUUGCGAUAAAGAUGAUCGAUAAGGACAAGAUCACGAGGGUUGGGCUAAUAGUGCAGAUAAAGAGGGAGAUCUCUAUAAUGAGGCUGGUGAAGCAUCCGAAUGUCCUGCAGCUCUUCGAGGUAAUGGCUAGCAAGAGCAAGAUCUACUUCGUAUUGGAGUACGCUAAAGGCGGCGAGCUGUUCAACAAAGUAUCAAAGGCGAAGCUCAGCGAGGAUGCCGCGAGGAGGUAUUUCCACCAGCUGGUUAAUGCCGUGGACUACUGCCACAGCCGAGGCGUCUACCAUCGCGACUUGAAGCCGGAAAACCUACUCCUGGACGAGAACGAGAACCUUAGAGUCUCGGACUUCGGUCUGAGCGCCCUGUCUGAAUCCAGAAGGCACGACGGCCUCCUACAUACCACGUGUGGAACCCCUGCCUAUGUUGCUCCUGAAGUGCUUGGUAGGAGAGGCUACGAUGGCACCAAGGCGGACAUAUGGUCCUGCGGAGUGAUUCUCUUCGUGCUCGUGGCUGGUUACCUGCCGUUCCACGACCCGAAUCUCAUCGAGAUGUACAGGAAGAUCUCCAGAGCUGAAUACAGAUGCCCUCGCUCCUUCUCCGGUGAGCUGAAGGACCUGCUUUUCAGAAUGCUCGAUCCAGAUCCCAGUACCAGGAUAUCCAUUUCAAGGAUCAAGAGAAGCACUUGGUACAGAAAACCUAUCGAGGCAAACGCGGCAAAGAUCAAGCACGGCACAGCAAGAGACACCACCGUGCGCGACGGUGAAGCCGCCACGGCCUCGAGCUCGAUAGAGUGCAGUAACCGGCCAGAGGAAGACCAAGGGUCGUCAAGCCUCCCUAACCUGAACGCAUUCGACAUCAUUUCUCUCUCGACCGGGUUUGACCUAUCUAACCUGUUCGAAGAAAGACACGGGCGGAGGGAGGAGAGGUUCACCACCAGGCAGCCAGUGGGAGCGGUGUUUGGUAGGCUGAAGGAGCUGGCUGAGCGGUUGAAGCUGAAAAUCCAGAAGAAGGAGAGCGGGGUCUUGAAACUGGCUGCGCAGAAGGAAGGGAUGAAGGGGUUCCUGGAGCUCGACGCCGAGGUUUUCGAGCUUGCCCCUUCGUUCCUUCUGGUCGAGCUGAAGAAGGCCAGCGGUGACACCAUUGAGUACCAAAGGCUCGUGAGGGAAGAAGUGCGGCCUGCGCUGAAGGAUAUGGUCUGGGCUUGGCAGAGCGACCGGCACCAGCAGCAGCAGCAGCGGUGCGAGCAGUCUGUGCAAGGAGAGGACCAGCAGCAGCCGUUGUCGUCUUUGCCGACGCAGCAGUAGUCACUGCACCACCAGUUGCGACCGCCAUAACCAGAUCACGUCAAAACUGCACCAAGCCGCACAGGACUAGUAACUCCCACUUGCAUCGACGCUUAUGUGAUUGCGGAAUUGUGUUUCAGGUUACCUGCCUGCUGCGGUAGGACCUAAAACGCCUACCUGCCUACCAUUUGGCAUUUUUUUGUAUACUGUACGUACAUUAGAGUAAUAAACAAACAUGCUUAACUUUUCAGCUUUC